AUGAUUAGUACUGAUGAAAAAAAUGAUUUAUGUGAAGCGUUUGCAAGUAUAAAACAUAGAUCUCGGUUAACAAGUAGAAGUGCUAAUGCAUUGUUUUUAUUGUUAAGGAUAUCAAGAGAAUUUAAGAUUGUAGUGAAACAUUGGAUGUUAUUCUUGGUUUGGAUUAGUUGUGUAAGUGCAUACAAGGAACAGAGAUUUGCAAUCGAACCACAAGACCAGAGUGCAGUAGUGGGAUCAAGGGUAACCUUACCGUGUCGAGUCGAAAACAAGGCUGGGCAGCUGCAAUGGACGAAGGAUGACUUCGGUCUCGGCACACAUCGUCAUCUCACUGGCUACGAACGAUACAAGAUGAUAGGCAGUGAUGAAGAAGGGGACUAUUCAUUAGAUAUAAGGGAGGUGACGAUAGAUGACGAUGCGUCAUAUCAGUGCCAAGUCAGCUCUGGACCAAGAGGGGAACCAGCAAUCCGCUCCAGAUACGCUCGCCUUUUAGUUCUGGUACCACCAGAGCCUCCUAAGAUAUUAAAAGGUCCAGUUAUUCAAGCGGUUGAAGACAGAGAAGUUAAUGUGGAGUGUGUUUCCAUUGGAGGGAAGCCUCCAGCCGAGAUAACAUGGGUGGAUAACGACGGAGGAGUGUUGACACAGGGAGUCAAUUACACAGUUGAAGCUAUGAAGGACGGUCGCCGAUUCACCGCCAAGUCCGUACUGCGAUUACGACCACGACGACAUCAUCACAACCAGACUCUGACAUGUCAAGCUCAGAACACUGCUGAUCGUGCAUAUAGAUCUGUUACUGUGAAGUUACAGGUACAAUAUGCGCCCAAAGUUCGUAUGUUCGUUAAAUCUGGACUAUCGAAAGGAGCUAUAGAGGAGGGUGAUACUGUGGUUAUAGGUUGCCAAGCAAGCGCUAAUCCAAAUAAUUUAUCAUACAAAUGGUUCGUGAACAAUGAUCAUAUCGUUGGUGACAUCAAAAAUGAACUGAUCCUAUCAAACGUAUCUCGGCGGUUCAACGAAGCUACAAUUAAGUGUGAAGUGCACAACGCCGUCGGUAAGAGCGCUGAUACCAAGACUUUAGAAGUGGCCUACGGUCCAUCAAUAAGAAUCAAACCUGUUGAUGUGGAAAGUGAAGCAGGUUCGACAGCAACACUGUCAUGCAUCGUUGAAGGGCAUCCUCUUCCGAAGAUACAAUGGAUGCGGUAUGAAAAUAACAGAUUUAUUCGAGUGGGUAAAUCACCUAACCUGACGAUCACCGUAACACCACAGUCUGCGGGGCAGUAUUGGUGUAAAGCCAGCACUGAGAACAGACAGGCUGUCGAAGCUCCAGCAGUGGUUUAUAUAAAAGGUCCUCCGAAAAUAAUGUCAAAUCAAACACAAUACGGCGUCGAAGGAGACAGCGUGAGAAUAGAAUGUGUAUCAUUUUCCGUCCCGAAACCUGACUACGUUAUGUGGACUUUUGGCGGAAACGAAAUCAACUCAUUUCACAAUCAGGAAUAUGCAUUUUUAGAAGAAACCCACACUGACAGAAUAACGAAAUCGACCCUGGUCAUACGAGCAAGUGAAGCAAAACAUUUUGGCCAUUAUAACUGCACCGUCGUUAAUUUUUAUGGCAUGGAUAGUCUUGAAAUAAACUUGGUUCCCGAUCAAUCAUUUCCAUUGGUAUCAAUAAUCGCCGGUGGAUCGUGCUUGGCAAUUUUCAUCUUAGUUGUCAUGUUGGUUAUCAUGCUUUGCCACCGUAGGACCAAAAAGACUGACGUAAAGAAGCCCGAUGUCACAGAAUUGGGCAAGAACUGCGUUGAUCAGUUCAAGGAGUGUGACAGAAAUUCUAGCAUUAGUGAUCUCAAGCUGGAACUUAGGCAGGUUGAAGACAGUCGUGAUUUGGAUCAUUCUAAUGCUGGAUCUGAAACAGAUCUACAUCCCACUCUCCAUCUAACUUCAAACCUGGGUUUACCUCUUGCUGGACCGGUACCUUUACCAGAAGUAGGGUAUGAUAACGAGCUGAUGAAGCAAUAUCAGAGAUAUAGUGGAGAUUUUAAUCAGCCUAUCAAUAACCUGAACUUUAAGGCCUACAGUCAAAGCAACGGUUACGUUCCUUACGUGGACUACUCCAGAGACUACGCCCCUCCAGCUCCCUCUGACUCUUUGUCUGGAUCUUUAUCUAGAAGCACCGAGGCCUCCACAUACCCUAGCCACUGCGAUACAUUGCACCGUCAAACCAGCUGUGGGAGACUAGGUGGAGUUGUUGGGCCUGAUGGUGAGUGA